CACUUUAUUAACUCUGGUUAAGCUUUGCAACAUUUUCAAAUCACAAGAUAACCCGUGCCGUGUUUAAUAAUUAAUCUCGGCAUAUUGAGACAUGUUGUGGGAUUCAAGAGUUAAAGAAGCAAAGCGCUAAAGAGGCGUGUCAGUUCAGCGACUGCACGGUGGCUUCUCGGGAAAGAAGGCAGUUGUUGUCUUAAAUUUUGGGGUUUAUUUUAUGCUGUUAUUAUCACACCUUCGUGUUGACAAUGUUGGCCAUGUUUAACAGGAUACUGCGCCCCGCGUUAAAACAGGCUCAGCUGUCGCCUGGAGUCAGAAACCCGCGGCUACCAUGGAGACAGAAGACGCAGAUCCGCGCGUGUGCUGCGACUUCAGCAACUUUUCAGCCACUUGAAGACUGUCUCGUGCUCAACUAUGGAGGGACGACGAUGCAUUUGAACUACGUGUGGCUGAGGGAUCACUGCCGCUCUGCUGCUUCCUACAACUCCAGCACUAACCAGAGAAACCUGGACACUGGGAGUAUAGACCUCGCCAUCCGUCCCGACAAUGCGACUGUGCAAAAUGGCCAUCUCGUCCUUACAUGGCCUGGAGGCCAUGUGUCAAAGUACAGCCUUAGCUGGCUAGCUGAGAACAGCUAUGAAGGAAAGAAGCAGAGCACCAUCCAGCCACGCAUCCUUUGGAAUUCAGACAUCUAUAAAGAGGCAAACAUACUCUCUGCCAAAUGGGACACGUUUAUGAGCUGCGACGACGAAGUAAAGAAGUUUCUUCAGAACUAUCUUCUGUAUGGGAUCGCUUUCGUAGAUGAUGUCCCAGCUACAGUCGAGGCCACAGAGGCAGUGACCCAGAGAAUCAGCCUCAUCAGGGAGACUACAUAUGGAAGAAUGUGGUGUUUUACUUCCGACUUUUCCAGAGGAGACACUGCCUACAGCCAGCUGGCCCUGGACCGUCACACUGACACCUCCUACUUUCAGGAACCAUGUGGAAUCCAAGUUUUUCACUGCCUCAAGCAUGAGGGAACCGGGGGAAGGACGCUACUUGUGGAUGGGUUCUACGCUGCUGAAAAAGUACGCCAGCAGUCCCCUGAAAACUUUGAGCUGCUUUCCCAUGUGCCCAUCAGGCACGAGUACAUUGAAAAGUCUGACAACCACCGAAACCACAUGACAGGCAUCGGCCCCGUGCUCAACGUCUAUCCUUGGAACAAUGAAAUGUAUCUGAUCCGAUACAACAACUAUGACCGAUCAGUGAUAAACACAAUGCCCCAUGACCUUGUUCAGCGAUGGUAUGAGGCACAUCGAGAGUUAACAACAGAACUGAGGCGGCCAGAGAACGAGCUGUGGGUGAAACUGACUCCAGGGAAGGUGAUCUUCAUAGACAACUGGCGUGUCAUGCAUGGGAGGGACUCUUUCACCGGCCUGAGGCAGCUCUGUGGAUGCUAUCUGACCAGAGACGACGUCCUCAGCUCUGCACGCUGCUUCGGUCUGCAGGCCUGAUCCUGGACUUGAACCUCCCUUCACCUCUGUGGCGUAUCCCUUAGCCCAUAGGUUCAGGGUCCAUUUAUUGUCAUUCUACAACACAGGGUUGCACAACAUUCAAUGCAAGUUGUAGUCCCUUUAUACUACACAAGAAAAAAAAAA